AUGGCACUGGGCAGCUGUUAUACGUGUAUCAAGUAUCUGAUGUUUGCCUUCAAUUUCAUAUAUUGGUUGUCUGGCUGUGCAAUUUUAGGAGUAGGGAUAUGGUUGAGAGUUGACGAGAGUGCCUCUGAGUUUAUGAGCAAAACAUCAAAGAUCGACAUCAUCUAUACAUUGGCCUAUGUCCUGAUGGCAAUAGGGUUCCUCAUCAUGCUCAUUGGGUUUCUUGGAUGCUGUGGUGCAGUCAGAGAAAGCCAGUGCAUGCUAGCCACGUUCUUCUUGCUGCUGUUUAUUAUCUUUGCCAUUCUGCUGGGUUUUGGAAUUUGGGCUGCUGUGGCUAAGGACAGUUUGAAGGAUUAUACAGAAGACAUUUUGAAAGAAGGUGUGGAUAAAUACUAUGUAGACAAGAAACAGGCAGCCCUCAUGGAUUCCAUCCAGAAUUUUUUCAAAUGUUGUGGUCACACAGAAGGAAACACUGACUACGACACUGUGCAAGCCGUGCCCCAUAGUUGCCACCCUGACAACUACAGAAAGCCCUGCAAGACAGAAUUUUAUAGUUGGAUAGACAGCAGACUGGCUGUUAUUGCGGGUGUUGCUAUUGGUUUUGCCAUUAAAAUG